AUGGCGUCAGACACCCCUGAGUCCCUGAUGGCCCUCUGCACUGACUUCUGCCUGCGCAACCUGGAUAGCACCUUGGGCUACCUGCUGGACAAGGAGACUCUGCGGCUCCAUCCAGACAUCUUCCUGCCCAGCGAGAUCUGUGACCGGCUCGUCAAUGAGUAUGUGGAGCUGGUCAAUGCCGCCUGCAACUUUGAGCCGCAGGAGAGUUUCUUCAGCCUCUUCUCGGACCCCCGCAGCACCCGCCUCACCCGAAUCCACCUCCGCGAGGACCUGGUGCAGGACCAGGACCUGGAAGCCAUUCGCAAGCAGGACCUGGUGGAGCUGUACCUGACCAACUGCGAGAAGCUGUCCGCCAAGAGCCUGCAGACGCUGAGGAGCUUCAGCCGCACGCUGGUGUCCCUGAGCCUGUUCGGCUGCGCGAACAUCUUCUACGAGGAGGAGAACCCGGGGGGCUGUGAAGACGCGUGCCUCGUCAACCCCACCUGUCAGGUGCUGGUCAAGGACUUCAGCUUCGAGGGCUUUAGCCGCCUGCGCUUCCUCAACCUGGGCCGCAUGAUCGAUGGGGUCCCCGUGGAGGCCCUGCUGCGGCCGCUCAACUCGCUGGCCGCCUUGGACCUCUCGGGCAUCCAGACGAGCGACGCGGCCUUCCUAACCCAGUGGAAAGACAGCCUGGUGUCCCUUGUGCUCUACAACAUGGACCUGUCGGACGACCACAUCCGUGUCAUUGUCCAGUUGCACAAACUGCGACACCUGGACAUCUCCCGAGACCGCCUCUCCAGCUACUACAAGUUCAAGCUGACUCGCAAGGUGCUGAGCCUCUUUGUGCAGAAGCUGGGGAACCUGAUGUCCCUGGACAUCUCUGGCCACAUGAUCCUGGAGAACUGCAGCAUCUCUAAGAUGGAUGAGGAUGCAGGACAGACCAGCAUCGAGCCUUCCAAGAGCAGCAUCAUGCCGUUCCGGGCUCUGAAGAGGCCGCUGCAGUUCCUUGGGCUCUUCGAGACCUCCCUGUGCCGCCUCACGCACAUUCCGGCCUACAAAGUGAGUGGUGACAAAAAUGAGGAACAGGUGCUGAAUGCCAUUGAGGCCUACACGGAGCACAGGCCGGAGAUCACCUCACGGGCCAUCAACCUGCUUUUCGACAUCGCACGCAUUGAACGCUGCAACCAGCUUCUGCGGGCCCUGAAGCUGGUCAUCAUGGCCCUCAAGUGCCACAAGUAUGACAAGAACAUUCAAGUGACAGGCAGCGCUGCCCUCUUCUACCUGACCAAUUCCGAGUAUCGCUCAGAGCAGAGCAUCAAGCUGCGCCGGCAGGUCAUCCAGGUGGUGCUGAAUGGCAUGGAAUCCUACCAGGAGGUGACGGUCCAGCGGAACUGCUGCCUGACCCUCUGCAACUUCAGCAUCCCUGAGGAGCUGGAGUUCCAGUACCGCCGAGUCAACGAGCUCCUGCUCAGCAUCCUCAACCCCACGCGGCAGGACGAGUCGAUCCAGCGCAUCGCCGUGCACCUGUGCAACGCCCUGGUCUGCCAGGUGGACAACGACCACAAGGAGGCCGUGGGCAAGAUGGGCUUUGUUGUGACUAUGCUGAAGCUGAUUCAGAAGAAGCUGCUGGAUAAGAUAUGUGACCAGGUGAUGGAGUUCUCCUGGAGUGCCCUGUGGAACAUCACGGACGAGACUCCCGACAACUGCGAGAUGUUCCUUAACUUCAACGGCAUGAAGCUCUUCCUGGACUGCCUGAAGGAGUUCCCAGAGAAGCAGGAGCUGCAUCGGAAUAUGCUAGGACUCUUGGGGAAUGUGGCAGAGGUGAAGGAGCUACGGCCCCAGCUAAUGACUUCCCAAUUCAUCAGUGUCUUCAGCAACCUGCUGGAGAGCAAGGCCGAUGGGAUUGAGGUUUCCUACAAUGCCUGUGGCGUCCUCUCCCACAUCAUGUUUGAUGGCCCUGAGGCCUGGGGCAUCUGUGAACCCCAGCGGGAGGAGGUAGAGGAGCGCAUGUGGGCCGCCAUCCAGAGCUGGGACAUCAACUCACGGAGAAAUAUCAAUUACAGGUCAUUUGAGCCAAUUCUUCGCCUCCUUCCCCAGGGCAUCUCACCUGUCAGCCAGCAUUGGGCCACCUGGGCCCUGUACAACCUGGUGUCUGUCUACCCGGACAAGUACUGCCCCCUGCUGAUCAAAGAAGGUGGGAUGCCCCUCCUGAGGGACAUGAUCAAGAUGGCAACUGCGCGGCAGGAGACCAAGGAAAUGGCCCGCAAGGUGAUUGAGCACUGCAGUAACUUUAAAGAGGAGAACAUGGACACGUCCAGAUAG